AUGAACGGCUUGACUUUCGGUGAACUAUGUUGCUUGUUUUGUUGUCCGCCAUGCCCAGGAAAAAUUGCAGCAAAGCUAGCUUUUCUGCCCCCUGAGCCCACGUAUGCAUUUACACCCGAUGAGACUGGAUCGAAAUUCUCUAUGACACUCGGAGAAAGAGCGGAGUGGCAAUACUCGGAGCGAGAAAAAGAAAACAUUGAAGGAUUUUAUUCGAGAACUUCUAGAGGCAACCGAAUUGCAUGUCUUUUCGUACGUUGCAGCCCUAAUGCUCGAUUUACUAUACUGUUUUCCCACGGAAACGCUGUAGAUCUGGGGCAGAUGAGUAGUUUUUAUUUAGGUUUAGGCACUAGAAUAAAUUGCAACAUAUUCAGUUAUGACUACUCUGGCUACGGUGUAAGUGGGGGCAAACCAUCAGAGAAGAACUUGUACGCAGAUAUAGACGCUGCUUGGCAAGCUUUACGGACUCGCUAUGGAAUAAGUCCUGAGAAUAUUAUACUAUAUGGCCAAAGCAUUGGUACUGUGCCAACUGUUGAUCUGGCCGCCCGCUACGAAGUUGGAGCUGUAGUUCUCCAUUCUCCACUUAUGUCUGGCAUGCGUGUGGCAUUUCCAAAUACAAAAAGGACAUGGUUUUUUGAUGCUUUCCCUAGUAUUGACAAGAUUCCAAAAGUAACCUCUCCAGUCCUUGUGAUACAUGGAACAGAAGAUGAGGUAAUUGAUUUUUCCCAUGGUCUCGCUAUUUAUGAGCGUUGUCCUAGAGCUGUGGAACCACUGUGGGUUGAGGGAGCUGGACAUAAUGAUUGGAAUUGCUCAACUGACAAAGACUGCCGGCCUCAGGCCAUAAUAUUCAAGGUGAAGACCCAAACCCUACUUCAACACUUAGUUCUGGGACUUCGAUGUAGCCCGCGUGCAGUCACUCACAAUAUUAGUAUCAAUGUAACAGACACUGACUCGCCGACCGGGGUUCGUCGUCGAAUCCACUUGCGGUCCUUAAGUGACGUGACGCCAAGCGGACGUUCGCCUGGCGCACGUCCUCGUUCCCAAUCUGAACGACCCCGCGUGUCGCCGACGCCCUCCCCUGCGAUCUCUGUAGCUCCUUCUCCUGCGCCCUCACCCUCGCCCCGAAUCCCUCCAUCAUCACCUCAUCUAGUGACCGCCCUGUAUCCGCGAGUCGUCCGCAGCGAACGGUCGUCGCCAGAUGCAUCAUUGCACGCCCUGGUCGACGAUAAUCGACCUAAAGCUGAGGGAUUGACUGUUCUCAAUGAUCCAUGGAGAAAGAUGAGCGAGGUCGAUCUAAAGACGGCGGCUCGCCGCAUCCGCCCUUCCGGGCGGGCUUCCUUGGAUUCACCGAGUACAAUUGAUCCUUGGGUGAGGAACCCGACGUCGCGAGCCGGCUCGCGCGACGAGCUACGGUCUUCGGACGGGGCUUCGCGGGCGAGAGUUCGGCGUGGUAAACUGGAGCGAACCGCUGCUGUCAUGUGCGAGGCGUGUGGAAGCGGUGGUUGCGAAUGGUGGAGGGCGCAGUGUACGUGCGCCCCGCGACCGAGAGCAUCGCCCGUGCGUCCCGCUCCUUCACCCGCGCGGCUCUCACCCCGACCGCCCCCUUCGCGGGCGCACUCGGACGACGACGACCGACCCCGCCGUUUAUUCAAAUCCGCCUCGCAAAAGAUCAUCUGCUCUUCACUAGAACGCGAUUGCACCACUACCACCGCGGACCCGCUGCUGGAAACCACGUGCUAA